AUGCGUCCCUCUUUGCGGUGGUCCCGCUGCAGCUCAGUCACCGACAGCACCGAUCAGACGUCACAGCUCUGCAGCAGCAGGCGUUUCUGCCUUGUGCCGCGCGCAUUCGGUCGAACUCCUCCUCGCGCCCUUCCGGCGACACUCGUAUCCCAGCAUCGUAAAGCCCGCUCAUUAGUGACGGCUCAGAGCACAGAAGGUGGUGGAAUUCACCAUGAGUGUCCACAAUUUUUACACACGCACUCCUCAAUGAAAAUGGCCUCCAUUUCCAGAGUGUUCAUUGGCGUUCAGCCGACCAGGAUAGCUUUGAGACUUGCUCGCAGAGUCAAACCAAAUGGGCCUAUGAGUGUGUUGCUGGUCAUCCUCACCCUCAUCAGCGCAGCAUUUGCAGCAAUAAGGGCAAGGAUAGUGCACAAUGUGCGGGCAUGCUCAUCCUGUCAUGGCUAUGGCAUCUCAAGGUGUUCACUCUGCAGUGGCACUGGUGCAGUCGGCUGGGAAGGGAAAUGGUCACACAAGGAGCCCUGCCCCAUGUGCGUGGGCCGCAGAUUUGUGGAGUGCACAGAAUGCGGCGGUCACUAUCACCGGCCCAUGUUCCGACACAUACAGCGGACUGCCAUAGAUGUGGAAGAGGAGCUGGAGAUGAGGAGUAAGCCAUCAGGGGUGAUGGUCAAUGUCCUGGAAGACUGACGGACACGCACUCAUCCCACACCCAACUGCAUGGUUGGUUGGUGGGCGAGGUCCAUUGCCUCCCUGAAAGGCACGCCGUGGAGCAUGCUGAAAGAGUAUUUUGGAGCGCUGUUGCCUCAUGCGAGUUGCUUUGAAGUUACCCGCGCUGGAGUGGCAAGGCUUACAAUUUUUUGGUCCCCUCUGUUGUACACUGGCAAGGAAUCCCUUUUUGAACUUGUGCUGGUUGCUGUAUCAUAUAUUGUGGGGCCCCCAUGAUUUUGCUCUCGUGAUGGAGUCUGAAAUUGUGAUGGAGUCUGAAAGAGAGUAGAGGCCUGAUCGGUGCAGCAUGCAAUGUUUGGGUGCAGCUCUGGUCAACUCUGCCCACACCGCACCAGGCUGGCAUAAUUUUGAGCUGCUUGGGGGCUGAGCAAAUCCUGAAACAAGUGGGUGCGAGCAGUUAAGGUGGGGAGAAUAAAUGCUUUGUAAUGGUGUUUCCUAGGGCUGUGUAGCGUGUUGAUGUGCAAAUGCGACUGUUCGGAGGCAGGUCAGGUCCAGGAUUGUAUCCCAAACGCAUCGUGUAUUGAAAGCAUAUGCUUGCAAGAUCCAGUGUGCUGGUGCAUGUAGCCCUGUACAAUUGUGCAUCCGUGCAUCCUUGCGUGUCACGGGGGAUGUCAGCAGAUUUGAUGCACCAAUAGCAGGGCUGUGUAAGAUGGAAUGC